AUGCAACCGACGAGGAUGCUUCGCCUCGUCGAGGGCAAUCUACAAUUCUCCAAAUCGACUUUUCGAGCUCCUUUCAAGGUAAAUUUAUUGUUUUUACCCUCAUUUUGAGUUUUCAAUGAUUUUUAUUGUGGAAAGAGUUGUGUUGGUUUGAAAAUUUGGCCUGGAAAGGAUGGAAAAAUUGAAUAAUUUUUUUCAAAAAAAUGGUGCGUUUUUCAAAGUUUCGAGAGGGUUUUCAAGAGAUUUUUUUCAUGUUUUUUUCAAUUUCCAAUGUUUUUUUAAUGAGAUCGUGGACCUUAUGGAUUUAAAAAAAGAGCUUUUUACCUAUUUUUUUCAAAUAUAUUUGAUUUUUUUCCCGUUCUGAUUGAAUUUUAAGGUUUUUUUCUUCGUCAAGGGAAAAGGUCUUCCAAAAAAGGCCUUCCUUUUUUUCAAGAUUUUUUUUAUCGGAAAGUCAUUUUUUAAGGCUUAGGCUCAGCUUAAAUUAAUUUUUAUUCCGUGAAAAAUGUCUUUUUUUCAUGAAAAAAAGUCAGAAAAAAAGAAGCAUAUCAAAGACUUUUUUUGAACCUUUUUUGGAACUUGAAAAGUGAAUUUUCGUUAUUUUACUGAUUUUAAAACAUUAUUAAUCUUUUUGUUUACUCGAAAAAAAUAGAUUUUAUUCGAUCAAAAGUUUAUUUUUGAGCCCAGAAACUUUCUUAAGUUGGGAAAUUCCAUCGUUUUUUUCCCUCUAAAUAAUUUUCAAGGAGAUUCUCAAUAAAGUUGAAAGAUUUUUAUUUGAAACUCGUAAAAUCUGGUCGGAAAAAUGACUGAUGAGAAGAUUUCCGUUUUUUUAUAAUUUUUUUCUUCGAUUUUUUUAACUUCCUCCUUGUGAAAAAAAGUGUCAGAAUUUGAUAAAAAUGGCUAUUUUUCGAGUUUUUUUCAAAAAUUUGAUAGUUUUCCCCGUUGCUAGAAGAGUUUAUCCAUUGAGUAUGCAUUAUGAAAACUUUGAAAAAUCGCGAAAUUUAAAAAAAAAAAUCGAAAAGAAGUUUCAAAAAAGAAAAAAACUGAAACGAUACUAGUUACUUUGAAGACCAGAACCUUGAAAAAUAGUUUUCAACUCAAAUUUUCUAGGUCCACUGCCUGAAAUUCAGUCCGGCCAAUGAUUUGCUGGCAAUCGGGGCGCGAAAUGGCGAAAUUAUGCUCAAACGGACGUCGUGGAAGAAAAUUUGGAAGGUUUUUUUUUCGAUUUUCAAUGAGUUUAAUCGGGAGGAGGAUGAGCUUAUUCUUGAAAAAAAAAAGGAAAAAUUGAAAAAUUCCUCCAAAAACAGCUUAGGAACUCCAGAGUGGUCCCUAUAGGAGCAACCUUAUGGAUCUUUGGAGGGUCCCCUAUAGGGGCCACUAAAGCUCGCAAAAGUGGUCCCUAUAGGGGACAUUCAAGUCGAUAUUCGAUGUGAACUUUCCAUGCGAAAACUGGAAAAAAAACUUUUUUUGAAUAAAAUUUGACCCCUAUAGGGACCACUUAAGCUUUAGGCGCUAAUGGGGUCAUACCUUUGAACCCCUUCAGGGACCACCUCAAUUUAACCCCUAUAGGGACCACUUUUUCGGCCCCACUAAGGGCUGUUUUUUACCUAAUCCCUAUGGGGACCACUCUAAAAAUUCUAAGAAAGGUAUUUCUAUGCUAUUUCUUGAAGAGGUUAUCCUCCAGGGUUGCAAGUGGAAGGAUUUUUUUCUCUGGGAAAACUUCCAGUGAUCCCUUUUGGAUAUUGACGUUUUAGUGGCCGCUAUAGUGGUCACUCAAGGGGCUAAAAGUUAGUGACCUUUUUAGAAAUCGGAGAGGUACUACUAGGCUAUUCAAGUUACUAUAGUGGGCACGAAGAUACGAAAAGUGACUUCUAAAGAGAUUCUUCAAGUGGCCGCUUUAGGGUUUUGACUUAUUCGUGGCCUCUUUAGUGGUAGAAUUAGGGGUCACUUAAGUGGCCUGUUUAGAAGUCUUAGAGGUACUACUAGGCUACUCAAACUACUAUAGUGGGCCCUAAGGCAUGAAAAGUGGCUACUAUAGAGAUGCUUUAAGUGGCCACUUGAGGGUUUUGUACGUUUUAGUGGUAUCUUUAGUGGUCGAAUUAAUGGUCACUUAAGUGGCAUCUUUAGAAGUUGGAAAGAUUUUACUAGGUUACUCAAACUACUAUAGUGGGCACUAAGACACAAAAGGAUGGCUUCUAUAGAGGGGGUUUAGUGGCCACUCUAGGGGUUUACCGGUUUACUGGAAUCUUUGGUGGUUGACUUAGGGGUCACUAGAGCACCCUCUAUAGAUUUAGUGAUCACUUAAGUGGAUUAAGUUAGUGGCCUCUUUAGAAGUCGGAGAGGUGCUACUAGGCUACUCAAACUACUAUAGUGGGCACUGAGACACAAAAAAUGGCUUCUAUAGAGAUGCUUCAAGUGGCCACUUUAGGGUCCUCUCCAAAUAGUCCUUCAAGAACCACUUAAGUGGCUACUAGAAAUCCCCUCAGGAACGCGGAAAGGAAGGCGGAAUUCCGUGCAACCCUUCCAUAUUCUUUCAAUUGACCAGUGGCACUUUUGCAAGGUUAAAUGAUCCCUAUAGGGGCGGGUAGAGUAUUUUUUUUUUCAUGACCUUAUAAAUCCACAAAAUCGGCUUUCAGAUCAACGUUUCCUUGAUCGGAACUCUGGGAGUCGCCUUGGAAAAAGCCGGAUCCCUGGACUGUUUGGAAUUCUCCCCGGACGGACUUUUACUCGCCGCCGCGUUGAACAAUGGCCACGUUCAUAUCGUCGAUAUCGAAACUGGCUUCGUGAAACACAGUUUGAGGUGAAUAAUAACCAGAAAACUGAUUAUUUCCUUGUGAAAUGAAGGGAGAAAUCGAAAACUUUGGCCAGAAGUGAUACGGAAAAUUUUUUUUUCCAUAAUGUUGGCUUAAAAAGUAAUCACUAUGUAACGAGGGGGACACUCUGAAAAAGAUGCUGAUGCAUAAUAUUUGAAAGAAUGGUAUCAAUCAAAUAAAAAUUUCACAUGAUGGUAAACCCAGGAAGAAUUUGCCAAAUUAUUCAAAUAUUCCGUUUAAAGUCUCCAUUUCGAAACUUCCACCUAGAGCCAGGUCCAGCUUAAAUAUCAGCUACAUUCUGAGCUCGUCAAGGCGUAAACUAGAAUACCAAGGCGUAGGGCUUGAAGAGCGCGCUUUCAACUUGAUCAACUACACGUUUGAUCUUCUACUGGGAAUAUUUCUAGUGGCCACUAUAGAGGCUCGCCAAGGACCUUGGAGGGGACACUGAAAUGGCCACUAAACCCACCUUUAUAGUGGCCACUAUUUUCCGUUUUAGUGGCCACUUCAGUAGUCUUUCAUCCAGUAUUCCUUCCAGUAACUCUGAUAAUUUUGAAACAAACAGAUUGGACCAGUUAUGUUGAUCCAUAGACCCCUAAAGUGGUCACUAAAGUUUUUAGUGGUCUAGUAGUACCACUUAGACCUCUAUAGUGACCACUAAUAUUCAACCCCUUAAGUGGUGACUAAUUUGACUACUAUAGUGGCCAGUAAAACGUCAAAACCCUAUAGUAGCUACUGAAAAUUUUCCCAGUAUUUGCCAUAGCUUCGAAAGCUCUUGUUCACCGCCCAGUUGAAUAUCAUUGACUAAAACAACAAAAUAAAUCAUUGAUUGAUUAAAAAAUAUAUUUGACAUUUGAUUGGUCAAUCUAUAGGAAUUUGUAUGAUAGAUUUUUUGGUCAAAUCCCAUGGAACGGCUUUUGAGAAUUUCUUCUUUAUUCAUAAGUUCUCUGAAACGUAACAGCGAGAGGAAAUUUCUAGAAAUGCUUGAAAACUUUCUGAACACGUUUUAAAAAAAUUACUUCUGUCGAUAGGCCUGAAAAAAUCUUUAAAGGCCCAGAGAUAUCGAAAAACUUGUUUUUUUCGAAAUAUAUGUCUAUUUUUCAUUUUAAAGUUUUCCUGAGCAUCUUCUAAGACUUAUAGAAAAAAUAUAUUAUUUUAAACUUCGGAAAAUUUUCAAGCUCUUCUAAAAAUUUCUCCUCGCUGUUACGUUUCAGAGGACUUAUAAAUAAAGAUCAAAUUCUCAAAAGACGCUAAUUAGAAGUUCAAACGUGUAGUUGAUCAAGUUGAAAAGCAUGGUCUUAUGGUCCUACGCCUUGACGAGCUCAGAAUGUAGCGGAUCUUCAAGCUAAACCAUGCUCUAGGUGGAAGCCUCGGAUUGGAGAAUCUACAAGGAAUGUUUAUAGCCUGUGUACCAGGAUAUGGAAUUUCACCAAACGACAUUCCGCUGUGCCGCUGCGCGCCUUGGCCGCGCUUUUAAAAUUUUUUCUUUUAUUUCAUUAAGCUACUCGAAUUACAUGUGCUCCCAAAGCAAUAACAAUCAAUUGAAAGCGUGACCUAGAUUCGAAAGACGCUUCGCGAACGCACGCAGCGGAACUGCGGAAUGUCGUUCGGCGAAAUUUCAAGUCAUGGAACACAGACUAUAAAAAAAUCGGCGAAUUUUUCCUGUUUGUCUUCUUCUUCUUCUUCUUCUGCUCCUUGUCCCGCUUAAGCGGCUUGACCUCCCCAAGUCAAUUAGCCGAGGUCCUAUCCUGAUAUCACUGAUAAUUAGUGGACUGGUUCUAGGGAAAUAUCCGUCCUUGGCUGGGGAUUUUGAAGUCGUGGUUUCCCACUACCAACAUUUCUUAGACCCCUUGGUUGGGCUGGGGAUCGAACUUGUGACCCUGUGGACCAUGGGAUGAGCAUGACUGGUGACAGCCAAGUCCCCCCUCCCCCCUAAUACCGAGCCCCCCUAAUACUAAGCCCCCCUCCCCCUAAUACCAAACCACCCCCCGAAUGCCUAGUUCCUCCACCCCCACCCCGCCCCAGCUCCAUUUUGAAGAAAAAGAUUUUUUUAAAGUUGAUUUAUUGAAUUACGUGAACGCCGAAGGAUGUGAAAGUUCUUUUUUUCCGAUCACUUUUUAAAAAAAGUCGCUUCUGCCAAUCAAUUGAGCUUUUUUUCGCCAAGCCCCCCACCCUUUUCAGGUCCCGCCGAGACUAUCCCAUCUAUGCUGUGGACUGUAGACAAGCACAUAACCUGUUGCGUAUCAGUCAUUUUGUGGCUUCCAAUUUACCGCCUUUGACGAACUAGAAGUUCAAACGUGUAGUUGAUCAAGUUGAAAGCAUGGUCUUAAGGCCCUUCGCCGCCUUCUUCUGCGUGUAGUCCAUUCAUUCCAUUCCUUAAAAAGUUUUCAUUUUUUCAACGAAACAGAUUUUUGAAGGAUCGGCGAAACGACUUUCCCUCCGAGUGUACUAAAACUCCGCUGGUGCAAAUACGACGAGGCGAUCAGUGAACCGGCGGAUCUCGUCGGGAAAUUGAGGAAAAGAGCCAGCGAAAACAGAAAAAAUAAUGGUGAGGAAUUCUUAUUCUACAAAAAAAAGAGUUUCGCUGAAGAAAUUUAUUUUAAAUCAGUGCUUCGAAGUCUUCAAAUAACCUCUUUUUGCCGAUUAUUUGGGUAGUUUUGCUUCUUGAUCAAAAAACACGGAAUUUUCGAAUCUCUAUCAGUUUCAGAUCCUCGCGUCGCGCCGAAAACCAGAGAAGGAAUGCCAGAACCCGAAGACGUUGCCUUCAUAUGUGACCACUUGAAGGAGGUACUAGUCUUUUUUUCGGAAAUACUCUCGUUAGAAGAAAAAAUUUUGAACCGUUUUUUUUGGAGAUUUGCGAAGUUUGGUCAGUUUUACAUUGAGCAAAAUAUCCGAAGGUGCCAAAUUUUUGCCCUUAGGAUAUACAGAGUGGUCUCUCUAGGGGAAAAAAAACCACUGUAGGGGUCGGAAAGUGGUCCCUCUAGGGGUAAAAUAAGGGGAGACCAAUAGGGAUUUAGAAUCUGAUUCCUGAGCCCCUAAAGCUCAAGUGGACCCUAUAGGGGUUUCCUCUCAGUUUCCUUAAAAACGCUGAUUUAUUUUUUUUCGCAUGAAAAUGCUUCUUCGCUUAGAGGUUAUAAGAAAUAUCGACCAGCAUGUCCCCUAUAGGGACCACUUUUGCAAGCUUUAGUGUCCCCUAUAGGGGUUGGUAACGUGGUCCCUAGAAGGACCCUAAGGUUGUCCCUAUAGGGACCACUCUGGAGUUCCUAAAGCACCCCAAAUAGAAAUCAACUGCAGGACUCGACAACUCUCCGAGCGGAAGACGGUCAGCUCGAAGCUUUGAACAACAGCUACGUCAAGUUGGAGCAGUUCAACGCGUCCUACCGGGACACGGUCCUCCUCGUCGUCCGCGACGAUCUGAAAGUCUCGGUUUUGGCCGCCGGAGUCCUUCCCUUGUCGGAGAUUGACUUCGUGCCGGUUUUGGGUGAGUUUUAAAAAAAUAUGGGGGCUUUAGGUCUCAUUUUUUUAAGAAAAAAAUUCUCUAACAGAAACCAUUUUUUUAUCUCAGAACCCCUGGAAGUAUCCCCAAUCAUGCUCUACGAUGCCAUUUUUUCGCGCUCUGUCGGCGGGAUUACGGUAGCCGCAACGACCUGCGGACCACGCCCCUUUUGUGGAGAAGACCCGGGGGUUACUGUAACCGUAGAAUACCUCAAUAAUCUUCUGGAAGAUUUGCAGGUCUUCGGAAAACCGACACAGAAACCCGGCUCGGAAAACUGCGUCCACACGCACAUCUACAACUUCAAGUUCGAAUUGCCCCAUCCGGAGAGGAUCUGGGACGUGGCCUUCAGGUGAAAAAGAGGGAGAAAUGAGGGUUUCAUUGGGAUAUGGGAGAAAUAAGGGAUUAUUUGAGAGGAGAAGUAGGAAGAAUGAAGAGGAACUGCCAAAAAAAGCAGAGAUUUGGGAUUUCUGAACAAAAGUUUGUCCUUCUUUAUGAUUUGCUUUGAUAAGUCUUGAAAAAAAGAAAAAGUAAAAAAAUUCGAAAAAAAUCGAGUUAAAAAUCUAAAAAAAUCCGGUAAAUGGCCACGAAGGGUGAAAAAAAAGACAGAAAAAUUAAGCUCUAUGCAAAUUUUAAAAAGAAUUAUUAAACGAAUUUUCAUUUUUCAGCUUUAAUAAUUUUCCUGUUCAUUUUAGUGUUAUAAUUUUCAAAAGAAGUUAUUUUAACAUUGAUUUUUAAAAAUGUAUCAUAAUAAAAGCCUAUAAAUUUGGCGUUUUAUUGACUUUUUCGAGUUUUUCUCUACGGUUAGAUAUAAUUUCUUGUGUGAAAAGUAAUUUUUGAGCGAAUAUUUGCACCAGAAAACUACGCUCUAGUAAUUAGGGAAUUUCUCGAAUUUUUCCGACCAGUUUAUAGUCUGUUCAGAUUUCAAAUGUCAGGUCCUCGCUCAAGCUCCGCCCAUAAUGGUGCGAUAAACCAAUCAGAGAGCGUUUUCGAAUGACGUCAUUCAACUUGACAUUCAAAAACUGAACGGACUUAAAAUUUGAAUGUCAAGUAAAAUGACGUCAUUCAAAACGCUCUGUGGAUGGCUCGCUCUCUGAUUGGUUUAUCUCGCCAAUAGGGGGCGGAGCUUGAGCGAGGACUUGACAUUUAAAAUCUGAACGGACUUUACAUGUUAAAAAACUGAUUUUCCAGGUACCUCCGAAUGUGCUACUCGGUGAUGCUCUUCAAAACGAGUUUCGAAACGACGCAGAAAAAUUGGGCCAAUGAGAUGACGGUGUGUAUCGGAAUGCUUUCUUUCCACAGAAAUAGAUAUCUUUAGUGUCUGCAAAAUCGAUUCGACAGGGUUCCUCGUCGGUGCAGAUCGGAGACGUUCUUCUGGACGUCCUCAUCGCCGGAGCCUCGGACUCGGCCGGAGAAUCGUAUUUGGAGCGAGGGAUGGGUCCCGACGGAACCCAGGCGAUGCACGAUUUCCUGGAAAGGCAUUUGACGUCGGUUUUUCGACGAACCAAAAAAAAAAUCAAGAAAAAUGUUGAAAAAAUGAUCUAUAGUAGAUAGUGAAAUAACGAAAAAAAUAAUUGAUUAUGAUCUCGAGAAAAUCAAUAAUCCAAAGGUUCGGAUCAUGAUUUUUGAAAGUUUCUAGAGAAAAAUUUGAAAAAAAUCUCUUUUUCUGGUUUUUCAGAUUUUAAAAAUAAGAAACUGAGUUUUUCAUUACGUGCUAAAGUAUAUAAGAGUGUUUGCUCUUCUCUAAGUGGUCACUGAAGGGAAAGUAGAGCUUUUUUCUCUUUAGUGAUCACUUAAUGAGGUGGACUACUCCAUCGCCUUUAUUCUGAGUACGUUGGAAAAAUUUUUAGUGGCCACUAUAGGGUUUUGACGUUUUGGUGGUCGCUAUAGUAGUCAAAUUAGUGGCCACUUAAGGGGUUAAAUAUUAGUGGCCACUAUAGAGGUCAAUAAAUCAACAUAACUGGUCCAAUCUUUUUUUUUUAAUUAUUGAGCUCGUCAAGGCUUGAAAGAGAAUACCAAGGCGUAGGAUCAUAAGACCACGUUUUCAACUUGAUCAACUACACGUUUGAACUUCUAAUUAGCGUCUUUUGAGAAAUUGAUCUUUAUUUAUAAGUCCUCUGAAACGUAGCAGCGAGGAGAAAUUUUCAGAAAGGCUUGAAAAUUCACUGAAGAAGCUUUAAAUAAUAUAUUUUAAGUCUUAAAAGAUGCUCAGGAAAACUUUAAAAUGAAAAAUAGACAUAUAUUUCGAAAAAAACAAGUUUUUCGAUAUCUCUGGGCCUUUAAAGAUUUUUUCAGGCCUAUCGACAGAAGUAAUUUUUUAAAACGUGUUCAGAAAGUUUUCAAGCAUUUCUAGAAAUUUCUUCUCGCUGUUACGUUUCAGAGGACUUAUGAAUAAAGAAGAAAUUCUCAAAAGCCGUUCCAUGGGAUUUGACCAAAAAAUCUAUCAUACAAAUUCCUAUAGAUUGACCAAUCAAAUGUCAAAUAUAUUUUUUAAUCAAUCAAUGAUUUAUUUUGUUGUUUUAGUCAAUGAUAUAAUCAACUGAGCGUUGAAAAAGAGCUUUCGAAGCUAUGGCGAAUACUGGGAAAAAUUUUUCAGUAGCCUCUAUAGGGUUUUUGACGUUUUACUGGCCACUAUAGUAGUCAAAUUAGUCGCCACUUAGGGGUUGAAUAUUAGUGGUCACUAUAGAGGUCUAAGUGCUACUACUAGACCACUAAGAACUUUAGUGGCCACUUUAGGGGUCAAUGGAUCAACAUAACUGGUCCAAUCUGUUUGUUUUAAAAUUAUCAGAGUUACUGGAAGGAAUACUAGAUGAAAAACUACUGAAGGGGCCACUAAAACGGACAAUAGUGGCCACUAUAGAGGUGGGUUUAGUGACCACUUUAGUGUCCUCUCCAAUAGUCCUUUGCGAACCUCUAUAGUGGCCACUAAAAAGUUUUCCAGUGAAGCAUUUAAGAAAAAGUUCUAACACUGGUAAGGCUUCCGGACGUUCCUGAGCCCUUUAGUGAUUACUGUAGAGGUUCCGAAGCACUUAAGUGGUCACUUGAUGACUAUGAUACACUUUAACAGCAGGGUUGUUCAAAAUCUGAUUUUUUGAGAUGAGAGGAGAGAAAUUCUCAAAAAAUGAAGACUCAUCUUAAAAAAUCGAUAUAGAUUCAAGAAGUUUACUAGAUAUCUUGAGACGAGACUUUUACGCCUUGAAAUCAUUAUAAAAUUGAAAAAUUCAUAUAUGAUUUAACGGAAUUUUCUUCAUUGAAAGUCUCCCGUUCGAAAUGAAUCCUAGUCCCGAUUUUCCGAGACGAGACAUUUUGAGACUUGUCUUAAAAUGAGUAGAGACGGGAUCUUUCCGAGACAUUUCGAGACAAAAUCAAGUUCUCGACUAUUGUCUUAUUAUUCAGUUAUUUUAUCUUUUUUUUUCCGAGUAUUGAUCUAUUGAACCGAUUUUUGUCUUUGCAGAGCCCUUGUCCACGUCGUCAGAGGCCAACUGUCGUCAGCCGCCAGAUCUGUCGCUUUUCACAUGUCCGAAUUCGUCAAACUCGUCGAUACCAUCAAGUUCAACUUGGACACCAAGAACAAUGCCUUGUGAGCAAAAACAUUCGAAAUAAACACGGAAAAUGUCAAAAAUGCGAAGAAAUCCAAACAUUUCUCAUACCUAACUUUUGUGUAAUAUCGUUUUCUGUUUUGAAAAAAAGUAAUUCAAAUUCCAGAGAUAUCAUCCUUCGACCAGUCUACGACGACACCAUCACCUCGGCUUCCGCUUCGAGAAGCGAAAGUUCUGAGAGAAUCGUCUCCUCGGCGACAUCGCCAAUCCUGGAUCAACUCAAGCGAGAUCGCGUCCGACUGCAGCACAAAGUGUCGCAACUCUGCACGGCUUCUGUCGCUAAUUUGUAAGUUGAAGAGAGAAGAAAACAAUUAUAAAAUUGAAGAAAAAUGAGAAAAAUUGAUUUUGCGCGUAAAGCGGCGUUUUAGCCGCAUACACCGUUUGCGAAUUUUGCACAGAGUAAACUUCAAAUUACGCGCAAAGUUCGUAAAUCGUCUUUUUCUUCAAGUAUUUUCGUUUAAUCGAUUCGUACUAAGUUUUUUGCGAUAAGGAAUUUUUGAUGAAAUUCAAGAGAGCAAGGAAUUUUUUACUUUCUGUAUGUGAUCCUCUAAUAGUUCUAGAACCAUUUUUCAAAAAAUUCAUGACAAAAUAUGGCAGAUCAAAGAAAUUAUUGAUAUAAUCAGUUGAGUAAAAAUUUUAAAUUUUUGAAGCUGUUAUUUUUUAAUUUCUUUAUAUCUUUAUUUAUUGGCACUUUUUAGAAGGGAACAGCUUUUUCCAUCAGUGACUGUUUUUUUUUUUCAUUUUCGUAAGUUUCAGGUUUAUUUUUCAUCAGAUUUCCGAUAAAAGUUGAUUAAAUGAAGUAUUUCCAGACAUGAAAUGGUGCAGUUGGUCCGUUGGCUGAUGCUGAUCCCAGCAAACGCCAGGACGGCCAAAGUAAAUUUGAUGGUUCAGAGUCGUCGGAUCGACAUUGCUCAGUUGAUUAGGGUGGGUUUGAAGGAUCUAUAGGCGGCUGGCAGUCUAAAAAGAGUCCUGACACGAUUUUAAAAAAUGAGUGGUGCCGCUGGAGAGCGUAGAAAGGCCACGCCCCUUAAAAGGGAGGUCAUUUUGAAGAGAAAUCCUGCAAAAUGGAUGAGGACCCUGGCUAUAGGUUCCGCAAGCAAGGUUCUUACUGGUUGCACCAUCAAGCCGGCUGACUGAGGAAGGCCAGGUCCUGAUAACCAAUUUCAAUUUCAAUUUAUUCAGUCUUCAGAGUAAGUUGUAGAAAAAGUCUCUGCUGAAUCAUGCUAUAAUCGAAGAGUCAGUCGUCGGCGCGGGUUACGGUCCACAAUCGUUGUAAAAUAAGUCCCAGCGUAACAGCUAGGGUUGGGAAAUAAUGUGGUCCCGUUGGUAGUACCAGCGAAUAAACUGCUUCACCAUGUUGGAACAGUACGGCGCCCAGCUUGUCUAGGGCUGACGGGCGUCGAAAUAUUAUCCCAUGAGAGAGCGGCAAUGAGACCGACUAGUCGACCUGAUGAAAUGAGAUAAUAAUAAUCCUGAUAACCGCUCGAAAAUAAAUAUCUCCUAAACUAGAAGUUUGCGCAGGUAGCCACUAUGUGGAUCUUCAUUCUGACUUUCAAAGAGUUUUUGAGCAUUGUUAUAGAAAAUUCCAAACGCCUAAGUAAAGUGACCUCCCUUGCUACCCGUGAAUCAGAAAACUUCAAAAAAAAAAAUUCCGAAAGUUGUUUUUUGAACUGAUUUUCUUUUCCAGUACAUUCUCAACACUUUUAUCGUUGAUGAGACAAAGCGAAAAAGUUAUGAAGAGAUCCUCUUCGAUUUGGAUGGCUUUAUUGAGGUUUCCCCAUUUUUUCCAAAACUAAGAAGUAUAUGUUUUCUCAGAGAUUGGUCGAAAAGGACGAGGAGAGCGAUUUCGACGAGUUGGAGUAUUAUAAUGAGGCCAAGGUUUUUUUCUCCUAUUUAAUUCCUAAAUGAAGUUUCUAGGAACAAGCUGCUGUUGAUCACGCCGAGAUCAAGAAGGAAUUGUUGGCUUUGAGGCCGGAGUAUAUUGGAUUAUAGUGAGUUUUUAUGAUAGGAAAUUGAGAAAAUUGGGAAUUUUUCGGAAAGGAUACCAUUAAAAAAAUUUCGCUGCAUUUAAAAUUUUUUUCCGAAUUCAGUCCGUUUUUUGCGACUUGAAAGGGCCUCUACCCUCUCAUUUUGACGUGCUGUUUCCAUGCUUCUCUAACCUCACCGGUAAGGGAAUAGAGACGCUAGGAAAAAUUUCAAACCAUGGCGAAUGGAUUUUUGAGAGAAAAUAGGGAAUUUCAAGGUUAGGGUUCCAAAAAAUUUAUUUCAUGGAAGGGUGAGAAAAUUUCUACAUUGAAAGAAAGUCCAGAAAUUCGGGUUUAUUUUGGGAUCAAUAAAUUCAGAAAGUCAUUUUGCAGAAAGAAAAGAGUUCAAUUUACUUCAAGCUCAUUUUUUUUCUCUUCUAUGGAUUUUUUAUAUUUUAAGUAUCAUUUUUAAAUAUCAAUUCAAUGAUUGUAUUGUUACGGUAUCGAAUUCUUUACGAUUUUUCACGACUACGGUACGAUUUCUUUACGAUUUUUGACGAUUACGGUACGAUUUCUUGACGAUUUUUCACGAUUACGGUACGAUUUCUUUACAAUUUUUCACGAUUACGGUACGAUUUCCAGCCGAGACGCGAAUCGAUCAAAAUCCUCUAUAACCAAAAGAAUGGGUCUUGAUGAGAAUGCGUCGAUCAUGGUCGUCGGAGCUGAAGAUGGAACCGAGUUGGACAGGAUUUGCGUGGAUCGGGUAGGUUUAAUAGAAAAAUAUAAUCUGAUAUCAGAAAAAACUAGCUUUUUCUCUUUCUAAUGAGAGAAAAGUUAUCGAAUUUCUGAGGGAAAAUUAGAACGAAUAAUGCAAAAUUAGGUGAUAGGCCUUUUUUUAUCAAGAUUGGCUCAUUUUUGCGCGGGUCUGGAAGUUUUAUAGUCGAAUCUAGCCUUUUUGAGCUUUUUGUCCUUUUUAAAUAGUAACUUAACUUCAUAAAUUUUUCUCAAUGAGGAAGAAAACAAUUAUAAGUUAUAGAAAAUAGGCUUUUUCUCUCCGAACGGCUCAUUUUUCAUACAGUUCUGGAAUUUUUAUGGAACAUUUUAGCCUUUUUUGAGCUUUUGAUCCUUGUAAAGUAUAUAUUUUCACCAUAGGACAAAGAAAAAAUGAUGAAAAAUUUUUCAAGAAAGUAGACUUUUUCCUCCUGUUAGAGCAAAAAAAGUUAAAAAAAUGCAGAAAUAUAGUCUUUUUUUAUCUAGAUUUGUUCAUUUCUUCUUACGGAGAACCGGAAUUUUCAUAGAAUUCUUUGUAAAAUACUGACUUUUCCUCCUUAAUUCAUGUUAUUUUUGAUAGAAAAAAAAAUGAAAAAAAACAUUGAAAUGGGCUCUUUUCUCCAGAUCGGCUCAUUUUUACACAUUUCCUGAAUUUUUAUAGCUAAUUCUAGACUUAUUGAGCUUUUAAAAAUUCAAAAAUAUGUCUAAAAGAAAAUGAAUUUUUUCCCCCAGAUCGGUUCGUUUUUCACCGAUGAGCUCUCGGCCAAGUCUCUGGAGGUGAUCGGCGAACGGGACCACCUCCUCGACGGGCUUUUUCCGACCGGCGGAAGCCCGACGGACGCCUGCAGGACCUACGGGCUGACCCGAGUCUUCCGAGAACUCUGCGAAACUGUCCAGGAGGCGCCCAGUGUCCUCGACGCCUUGAAAUUGUCGAAAGGACAUUUGGAAUUGGUGAGUUUCUGCGGAGAUUCAGGCAAAUAAAAUUGCCCGGAAAGGUUUAUUGUUUCGGGGAAUUCUUUGAUGUACCUGAAGAUCUUGAAAAUCGCAGUUUGUCUGAACAUCCAGUUUUCGGGAUAUAGAGGCUCAAAAUAGCCUCUUUCAACGGAUUUUAAUAGGUUUCCUUGACUUUAAGAUGAUCUUAGGAAGUUUUGAAGCUUGAAAUUUUCAGGGAUAAAAAAUAGAAAACACAAGGAAACUCUCCAUUGAGAUUUCUCAUUAAGUUCACCGAAAAGGCCCUUUUUAUUGGGUUUUUCCACCCUGGAGAUCCCUCGGAUGUGAAAAAGAGAAUUUAUUUUGGUGCAAGAACAAAACUGAUUUAGAAGAAAAGAAAAUUGUAUAUUAGCUCCUUUUGAAGCGUACUCGAAAACCGCUCUUUUCUUGAAAAUGAGAUAUUUCGGGCAAUUUCUAAUUUAACGCAAUUGCAUUUUUAACUAGACAGUGGGGUUUUUUUCGAAUUUCAUAUCAAGUUUUGGCUGUCCGUUUUUUUUCACUAUUUAGAAUAUGAGUUUCUUUGGAAAGAGUAAUAAGAAAAUAUCAAAAUCAAAGUUAAAACAAUAACAAAUGAUUAUUUGACUUUAAAUAAAAUAUUUUCGAAGUCAUUCCUUUUUAGAAGCCUUCAAAAAACUUAGCCUUCGAGUCUUCAACAUUUUUUUUAAUCUAGCAGAUUCGAAUUUUCCACAUUUUUUCACGUUUUUCUAGGAUUGGGCCUACGAAGUGGAAACGUCCAAACAGCACCAAGGAUUCCAGAACAUUGAACUGCUUCCUUUCGUCCCCCACGUCGAUGAACAAGAACCCGCGGAUCAGUCUCUGGCUUGUCUUUUCGAAGAUCCCAUCAUGGAGAUGUUCAAGUGAUUAUUUCGGAACUCUGGUCCCUAUAGGGACAACCUUAGGGGCUCUUGAGGGUCCCCUCUAGGGGCUAAUGGGUCAGACCGUAAAUCCCUAUAUGGACCACCUUGAUUUUACCCCAAUAGGGACCACUUUUCGGACCCUAAAGGUCAUGUAAUCUCUAGCGAUUAAAUUCCUAAUUAUUUUGCCUCCCAGCAGCGCAUCGUAGCGCAGCUGGUUGUGAGCCUGGUUACGGUUCAAAGGAUCACAAGUUCGAUCCCCGCCGCCACCUAACCACGGCUUUAUUAUUCCCAGCAGACUUACGCUUCAGGCUGGACAACCCGGACUUUGGGCCUCUUUUGCAAAAAAUCCCGCGCGGGCUUGGGCCAAAUCAGGCUUCAAAUUAAAAUUCAAUAUAAUUUUCUUCCCUACCCAAAUACUCAAAAUCAUGUUCAAUUUUGAGUCAAUAACGAACCGAAAACGUAAUUUUUUGGGUCUGAAUUUUGACUUGAAGAAAAUCUUCUCUGGGCCGCUCGUUUUUGGUAGAGGCGUCUCUAAGGCCGGGCCUGGUUGGGCGGACGGGCCGGCCCUCACACAAGCCUGAGACCCAGCCGUUCCACUCUGAGGCGGAUGUCUCACUAGGGCCGGUCCCCAGAUUUUAGUCUGUGUACCACGACUUGGAAUUUCACCGAACGACAUUCCGCUGUUCCGCUGCGUCGCGAGGCGUCUUUAAUUUUUCCAAUUUAUUUAAGAAGUCGACCAACACGUGUUCUUAGUGGAACAGUCCAUCUAUCAUAAAUUAGAACCAAUUCAAAGCGAGACCGAGGCUCGCAAAGACGCUUCGCGAGCGGAACAUCGGAAUGUCGUUCGGUGAAAUUUAAAGUCGUGGUACACAGACUAUAUCACAGAUAUUAGGGCAGAUCCACUCGGGGCCCGCUAAACGCUUCGAGGGCAAAAAAAAGAAGAUUUAUUUUUUCCCAAGAAAAAAGCCGAAUUUCAGAGACGAACGGGAGCAGCGGAGAGCGAAAAAGACGUACAGACACCGGUUCAGCGAAGAACCCAAUGGAAAUUUGAUGGCCAAAAGGGCGCUCCAUGUGAUGGGAACCACGAAAUACGCCUUCUACGCCCUCACUUUGGUCCCGAACUUCGAGGGACUCAUUUUGGGGGAUCGAGAACCCGGCCUACAGUAUGAUCAGUCUAUCAUUUGCCGCAUUGAUGAGACGGUGAUUUUUUGAGACUUUCGGGAAGAAAAUUGACAAAUUCCACCUUAAUGAGUGGAAGCUGCACGGAGAGCGCUUGAAAAAUGAUGAGAAUAGAAAAAAACCCUAAAGUGGCCACUAAAUUUCAAAAGGCCGUUGAAAACUAACGCUUCAGAGAGUACUUGGUUUAGAAUUUAAAAGAAAAAAUUCUCAAGUGGCUACUUCAGACUUUUCAGUCUGUGCUUCUUAAAUUUUUUGAAGUUUUUUUUUUCAAGGUUACGGUCUCUUUCAACAUAGUUUUUUUUUAAACAGGAAUUUAUUAAUAUUUUUAAAAUUAUUCUGAACAGGUUGUAAUGAUCUUUUUAUUGAACAAGCACCAAUUAUCUGAGAAAAAAUCAUCCAUUUUAAACUUAAUUCAUCAUUUUCAAUAUAUAACUUGACAAAAACCAAUUUUCAGACUGGCCUGGAGAGCCUCGUCGAGCAGGAGCACAAGGAAAACGUUAAUAUUGAGGAGCGCAACUCGGACGCUCAUCCAGAUCAGUUGAUGAUCGAUGUUAGCACAGAGGUCAACGAUUUUUCGGGAAUUUACUCGUUCUUACUCGAUUUUUUGCCUGUAAACGGAGUUAUACUAUUCAUUUUGAAUUAAAAUACGGAUUGCAGAACAUUUCAUCAAGUUUUGAAAAAAAAAAUCGAUUGCUUAGUUCGAAUUAAUUUCUUACCGCGUUUGAAUUAAUUGAGCAAAGGUUAUUUCUGAUUCUCCAAAAUUUAGCUAUAUUUUUCAUAUUCCCAUAGUGAUAUUGGGUUUCACGGAAAUACAUUAAAAACGACAUGAAUUACGAGAUUUUUCAACUUUUUCUUGUUAGGCCAUCAAAUAUUCGAAGCUUAUCGAAUUCGAGUGCAUCUACCCUGUCUUCAACAGCGAUUUCUACGCACUGGUAAUUUUUCCAAACGUAUAUUUCGAUAGUAAACUUUUUCCAGGCAAGAUUCAAGGCAUCUGAUGGAUCUACGAUACGGAAAAUGGUUAAACUCUGCUGUAACGAAGAUACAUGGACCGUUCAAGUGGUAAAAAUUUGACGUUUAGUGCACCGUAACCGAAAAAAUGUAUUGACCGCAAACACUCUCUGCGUCGAAAAUAUUUUAUUUUUCGCCAAAAUAAGUUUUUUGCGGUGCUUCGUGUAUUUGUGUUCUUGUUUUCAUAAGUAUUAGUUUAAGAACUAAGUGAAUUGACUAUUAAAAAAAAUACUCAAAAAAGGGAAAAUUACGAUGAAAAAGUAAAAAAAAAACUACGCCAAAAAAGAAAAGGCCCAAAAUUUUACAUACCGUACCCCUAAUAAUUGCUUGGACCGUAUACACCCUUUUGCAUCCAAAACAUUUUUUUCUACGCCAAUUGUGUCUUUUCGACGUUUUGUCGGCCAUUUUGUUGUAUUUCAAUUAUUAUGUUUUUUUACUAGUUUAACUCACUCCAGGAAUCACGACCGGUAGAGCCGAUCGAAUCGUUGAUAAUUUGUGGGCGAUCGUCUCGCGGCGCCUACACUUUCGAUGAAUCCAUGCGUGUGGCGAUUUUCUCGCUGAAAGAUGAGAAAAUCGAAGAAGAUGACAGGGAGAAAGCUGAGGUGAUUUUUUUUAAAUUUCGAUCCAUUUUAAAAAUAACGAGAUUCACCAAUAUUAGUCACUGAACUGAAGAAGGAGUUUUCAACUAGCGAGAAAAGUUAAAUCUGGCUGCUGCUCUCUUUUUUUUUAGUUUGAAGGAACUUUUAACAAGUUAUCGCAACAUCUUUUAAGAAAUGAGAACAAUCGUUAGAAAAUUUCCGACUUGAAAACCCUUUUUUCAUGUGUUUUGUUUACCUCAUCAUGAAGCACUUUAUUGCAGAACUACUAAGAAGUACCAUUACUAGUUUCCAGGCCUACGACGAGUACCAUGAAUGGCGACAGAACAGCAAGAAGCGGCCGUCGGCGGCACGACACCCGCCUCCGAAGAUCUCCCUAGACGACGAGGUCGAGCGGAUCACCACCGCCGACUAUCUCGUCAUGGGCCGCAACCGCUACCGACAUCGGAAGGCCGCGCAGAGAGCCGCCGCCCGAGCACGUCUUCUGAGUGAAGGGGCCGACGGAUCGGACGAUUCCGACACCAGUCUCGCAAUGCCCCAUCAUCCUUCCUUGUUGUGA